UCUAGGUUAUGUUAUCUAGAGAAAAUGAACAACAUAAAAAUGCCAUGUAUAGAAAGACAAUAGUCUGACAUGCUCCUUCAUUCAGAGAGGGUUAUUUAAAGGGAUCUAUUUUACCUUUGCUUCCUUCCUGUCUAUCUCUCUCAGACUAGGCUUYAUCUACUAAUUAAAGAGGCGGUUGCUAAGAGAUAACAAGCAGUGACAUCGCUGCUGAGAGCCUUUGAUGUGCUGCAGCCUGAACCUGCAUCUCUACUCUGGGUCUCUUCUCUCAACCCCCAUCUAGACCUGAGUGCACCUGACUCAUGUGAAGGAGUAGGGGGAGAGAGAGAGAAAGCGGAGCCACACCACACCACAUACCACACGCCAUGGCAGCUUUUACCAGUACCCCGAAAGUGAGUUCCGGGAGUGCUCCUCGCCACGGGUUCAGGGAGGAGAGCCCAGCGGAGUGUGACUGGAAGGACUGUGACACUGGAGGCAGCGAGAGGUCUAGAGGACACCGCACCAUGCUGGAGAAGACCCAGGACUUCUUCCAGACCUGUGACAUCGAGGACAAGGGCUUCAUCACCCGCCGGGACAUGCAGAGGCUCCAUGGAGAGCUGCCACUCAGUGCCGAGGAGCUGGAGAACGUCUUUGACACCCUGGACUCUGACGGCAAUGGAUACCUCACCCUGGAGGAAUUCUCCUUGGGCUUUAGUGAGUUCCUGUUUGGCCGGAGGAUCUCUGCAACGGAGGGGAUGGGGGAGGCCAGCCGCAUUGCCAAGGAACCCACUCAGGGCCCUCCAGGYGCCCUGUACCAGACCCAGUGGGAGGAGAGGUUGGUGGGCAGCGAGGACGAGGAGGAGAAGCACUUCUGCAUGCUAAUGGAGAGCUUGGGAGCCAGCAAUGUCUUUGARGACCCUGGUGAGGUGCGUAGUCUUUGGGCCCAGCUGAGGAGGGACGAGCCGCACCUCCUGUACAACUUUGAGGAGUUCCUGGCCAGAGUAAUUYUACAGAUCACAGGGGCCAACCAGGAGAGGAUGGAGAUGGAGAGCGCCCUUAAAAGAAAAUCAGCAACACAUGACGAUGAGAUCCAUCGCUUAUAUGAAGAAAUGGAACAGCAAAUCAAAAAUGAGAAGGACAGGAUCUUACUGCAGGACUCUGAGCGCUUCCUGUCUAGGAGUCAGGAUCUGGAGGAUCAGCUGUCCAGUAAGGAAAGGGAGCUGAAUCAGAUCUUCCAGAAACAGAGGAGGUGGGAGCAUCAGUGCCGGGAGCUGCACAGCGAGCAGCACGUGACCAAGGUGGAGAACGUGGCGCUGAAGCAGACCAAUGAGGAGCUGGCCCAGGAGCUGGAGCACACCAGUCAGGAGCUGAGCCUUGCCCAGGAGCAGCUGGUCCUCCUGCAGGAGCAGUCCUCACACCUGAACCAGGAGAGGGAGAUGGAGAUGUACCGGGUCACAGAGGGAUUGCAGAGGGAGCGAGCGAGCCUGCUGAAACAACUUGACCUGCUGAGGGAAAUGAACAAGCACUUACGAGAUGAGCGAGACAUGUGCUCUUAUCAAAAACUGAGGAAUACUGUUAAAAAUCCUGCUUGCAACCCGAGGCCUGGAUCAAAAACUAUGAAUCCCUUUGACAGAAAGGCCUUUAGUGAGGAUGAGGAGGUAGUGCUCCCCCACUCUAAGAGGAAGAGUCCGGGUGGAGUGAAUGGCUACAGCCUGGAGGACGUGGUGGAUUCCAGACCCCUCCAGAGGAUCAUCUCCAUAGAGGAGGACCACCUACCCCAGCUCCUUCAGGAUAACUACCAGACUCAGCUCUGGGAGUGGCAUGAGGAGGCCGAGGAGGAAGAGCACAUAGAGCUACAGAUGACCUCUAUACAUCCUCCUAGUUCUCCAACGAUGGAGCAGCAGCCAGUUGACACCAGAGAGACAGAGAUGCCUACAUCCCCCAGGGGCCAGCCUGUCGGAAAGGAGACUAUGGGGAAUGAGGAGGUUGCAGCGUUGGCCCCAGACCGCCUGUUUAAGAUCGUCCUGGUGGGCAACUCCAGUGUGGGGAAGACCUCCCUCCUCAGGCGGUUCUGUGAUGACUGCUUUUACCCAGGCACCUCUGCCACCGUCGGCAUAGACUACAGUGUGAAGACAAUACGGGUGGACAACAGCCAGGUGGCGCUGCAGAUGUGGGAUACAGCAGGACAGGAGAGGUAUCGCAGCAUCACCAAGCAGUUCUUCCGCAAGGCUGACGGUGUGAUAGUCAUGUAUGACAUCACUGCUGAGCAGAGUUUUACCGCAGUGAGGCAGUGGCUGACCAGUGUACAGGAGGGGGCUGGCGAGGACAUUCCCAUCAUGCUGCUGGGGAACAAAAUGGACAAGGGGAGUGAGCGGAAGGUUCAGACGAGAGUGGGUGAAAAAUUAGCCAAGGACUGCCAGUUGAUUUUCUACGAGUGCAGUGCUUGUUCCGGACAAAACGUGGUAGACUCAAUGGUAAAUUUGGCAAGAAUUCUGAAAGAGCAGGAGGACAGAGAGAAAGAGAAAACGAUCCAUCUGGUGAACAGCCCUUCACAGAAGAGGUCCUGCUGCUAGCAACAAAAUGGCUAUUAGUUACUGUCUUCACAACACCAUAGUGUACCUGUUCAGAUGUUCACUGUACAUUUUAACCUCCGGUCCUKAGGAACUCAAGGAUCUAUAGCACAAUGCAGUUGAUGUCGGAAGUUUACAUACACCUUAGCCAAAUACAUUUAAACUCAGUUUUUCACAAUCCCUGACAUUUAA